AUGUUACAGCAAACAGAAGUUUUGUUUAGUAAUUUAUCUCACAACCUAAAAACUCUCCAAUGCAGACAAGGAUAUAAUUGCUUUGUAUUGGUGCUGGUAGUUGAAAAAGAAAGUGAGAAAGUGUUUUUUUUUUUCUCCCCCUUCUCCCUCCCCCCUUCUCCUCUCCCCCUUCUCCUCUCCCCCUUCUCCCCCCCUUCUCCUCUCCCCCAUUCCCCUCUCCCCUUCUCCUCUCCCCCAUUCUCCUCUCCCCCUUCUCCCUCUCCCCUUCUCCCCCCCUCAUAUUUAUUAAAUGAAAAAACUGUCAAAAAAAAAAUCAAAUCAUUCCUCCUCAUGCCUUCCUCCUCUCUUCCUCCCCAUGCCUUCCUCCUCUCUUCCUCCCCAUGCCUUCCUCCUCUCUUCCUCCCCAUGCCUUCCUCCUCUCUUCCUCCCCAUGCCUUCCUCCCUCUCUUCCUCCCCAUGCCUUCCUCCUCUCUUCCUCCCCAUGCCUUCCUCCUCUCUUCCUCCCCAUGCCUUCCUCCUCUCUUCCUCCCCAUGCCUUCCUCCUCUCUUCCUCCCCCAUGCCUUCCUCCUCUCUUCCUCCCCAUGCCUUCCUCCCCUCCUCCCCCAUGCCUUCCUCCUCUCUUCCUCCCUCCUCUCUCCUCCUCCUCCUCUCUUCCUCCCCCAUGCCUUCCUCCUCUCUUCCUCCCCAUGCCUUCCUCCUCUCUUCCUCCCCAUGCCUUUCCUCUUCCUCCCCCAUGCCUUCCUCCCCUCUUCCUCCCCAUGCCUUCCUCCUCUCUUCCUCCCCAUGCCUUCCUCCUCUCUUCCUCCCCAUGCCUCCCCUCCUCUUCCUCCCCAUGCCUUCCUCCUCCUCUUCCUCCCCAUGCCUUCCUCCUCUCUUCCUCCCCAUGCCUUCCUCUCUUCCUCCCAUGCCUUCCUCCCUCUCUUCCUCCCCAUGCCUUCCUCCUCUCUUCCUCCCCCAUGCCUUCCUCCUCUCUUCCUCCCCAUGCCUUCCUCCUCUCUUCCUCCCCAUGCCUUCCUCCUCUCUUCCUCCCCAUGCCUUCCUCCUCUCUUCCUCCCCCAUGCCUUCCUCCUCUCUUCCUCCCCAUGCCUUCCUCCUCUCUUCCUCCCCAUGCCUUCCUCCUCUCUUCCUCCCCAUGCCUUCUGCCUUGCAAUUGUGGUUCUCAGCAUGACAGUCAACCUGAAGAAUAUGAGUAUGACUUAAUGGAAGGACUCAGUUCUGAGGAAGAACCAGAAGUACGACAAAAAACAUCAAGAGUGAAAUUCAGUCGUGAACCAAUAAAAGUCUUCUCUACUUGGGCAACAUUUGAGUAUGAUCGAAGGAAUGAAGAUGUUGAUCCCGUUGCUGCUUCAGCCGAGUACGAGUUGGAGAAGAGAGUGGACAGGAUGGACGUUUUCCCAGUUGAGCUACAGAAAGGUCACGAUGGCCUCGGGCUGAGUAUUAUAGGCAUGGGUGUUGGUGCCGAUGCUGGCCUGGAGAAAUUGGGCAUUUUUAUCAAGACCUUAGCCCCUGGUGGUGCAGCUCAAAGAGAUGGCAAAAUCAAAGUCAAUGACCAAAUCAUUGAAGUUGAUGGCAAAAGUUUGGUAGGCGUGACACAAGCAUAUGCGGCUUCAGUCCUGAGAAACACCAGUGGUACAGUCAGAUUUCAAAUUGGCCGAGAGAAAGACCCUAGCAAAAGUGAAGUAGCCCGGUUGAUCCAGCAGUCCCUGGACCAGGACCGGAAGAAAGAAGAAAUGCGUAGGAAAGACCAGGAACGUCUGGAAAAACUGCAAUCAGAAUUCCAGUCAAAGGAUGAAGCAGAACAGUGCUAUGAAGACUACGAAAAUGGUGAAUUAGAGGAGGAGGAGGAAGACGAGGAGGAGGAGGAAGAAGAGGCAGAAGACCUUGACGAAGAAGACUUAGAGGACGAAGACCUUGAGGAGGAGGAGGAGGAAGAAGAGGAGGAGGAGGAGGAAGAGCUUGCAAAGGAAUUCGAAGAGGCUGAUCAGUCAUUAGAAGAACCUAUGGCAGGUGAAGCUACUCCUUUAUCGAUGCCCUCCAGCGAGCUUGUAAGCUCCCCGGAAGAGAUAUCCAAGGCUUCAAUUGAAGUGUUUGAACUCGAGGAGAGUAGCAGUGAGUCCAUAUCUCCAGACAUGGAGUCCCAGGCAAUGUUCGUCAAGUUAAAAGAGCUUCAAUACAAAAAUGCAGUUGCUGAAGCAGAGCUUGCUAAACUCAAAGCAAAGAUGAUCCUGCUUGAAAAUGCUGAGGGACAGAAAAAACAUUAUGAAAAGAAAUGUGAAGAGAUGGCUCAGCGUCUUCUUGAGAAAGAAAAGUCUCUUGACAACUCUCGAAAGGAAAUCAAUCAUUAUCAGGACUUGAUGGAAGGUUCUCAGGGACAGUACAUUGCCUUAGAAAAAAAGAUGCAAGGGGAUUAUUCCAUAUUAGAAAAAAAAUAUCACAAAGCAAAGAAAUUAAUAAAAGAAUUUCAGCAAAGAGAGAAGGAUUUUAUUCAAGAAAGAGAAU